GAUGAAUUUUGACUUACAUAUUAACCUGUUCGACAGGUAUCAGUUAUAGCCUACCUGUCUCUGGAGGAGCCAUCAGUCGAGAAAGACGCAGAAAGGCGCUGAAGCCUUAACAGGCUUGAGAAAUGACUCUUUUUACUGUUUUGUGUUCGGCGGUUCUCCUCGGUGCUGUUGUACCUGCCUGGAGCGACAAACAUUCCCUGUACUACAUAUACACAGCUUUAUCCAAACCUGUCAAUCUGCCAGGCAUCUAUGAAUUCACUGCUAUGGGUCUGCUAGAUGACAGACAGAUUGACUAUUAUAAUAGCAAGGAAAAGAGAAAGAUUCCCACACAGCACUGGAUGAAAGAGAAAAUGCAAGAGGAUUACUGGGAAAAAGGCACCCAGUCAAGAAAGAGCAAAGAACAGUGGUUUAAUGUGAAUGUCAACAUUCUGAUGAACCGUAUGAGAGACAAUGAAUCAGAUGUUCAUGUUCUUCAGUGGAGACAUGGAUGUGAAAUUGAGAAACAGGGAAAUGAAUUGAAAUUUUCCAAAGGCAUUGAUGAGUACAGCUAUGAUGGUGAAAACUUCCUGUCUUUUGAUGAUAAGGAGUCUCAGUGGGUUGCCCCCGUUGAUGCAGCUCUUCCAACCAAGAGGAAAUGGGAUAAUGUGCCCAUCCUAAACCAGUACACUAAGGGCUACCUGGAGAAAGAGUGUGUGGACUGGCUCAACAAAUUCAGAGAAUAUGGAGACGAGGAGCUCAGAAAUGGCUCUCCUCCAGAUGUUCAUGUGUUUGCAAGACGGUGUACCAGUGACAAAACCAAGCUGAAACUCACCUGUAUGGCCACUGGCUUCUACCCCAAAGAUGUGAUAUUGACCAUAAGGAAAUAUCGCACAUCCCUGCCUGAAAAGGACACUGAAUCAACACAAAUCAGACCAAACCAUGAUGGAACCUUCCAACAGAGGAAGAGCGUAAACAUCAAGGAGGAUGAAAAAGCAGAAUAUGACUGUUUUGUGUCCCACAGUACUUUAAAAGAACCAGUUAUCGUCAAAUGGGAUGGACAAUGCAAAGACUGCACGCCAGAGACUGUCUCAGGUAUGAUUGGAGCAGUGAUUGGUGGUCUGCUUAUGCUGGCAGUUGUUGCUAUAGUGUUUGUCGUCUUAAAGAAGAAAAGGAUUAUUGAUUUCAAAAGAGAGAAUGUUGAGGAACCCAGGACAAGUGGAGAGAAUAAACCUCUGACAGAUUUCAAAAGAGAGAAUGUCGAGAAACCAAUGACACGUGAAGAGAAUAAACCUCUGACAGAUGAACUCGAUAAAACUGGAAGUAUGACAACCAUUUCAACUGACUCUGGAAAAGGGAGUGCUGGUGCAAGUACAGGCAACAGUGCUAGUAACUCUCAGGAGGAAGUGAACAACGUGGUUGAGGACUCCAGUGGUGAGGACAAACCUUGAUAUGAAGUCAGAGCAUCAUGGAAAAUUUGUAAUGGCAGAUUUAUGGUAUUUGUCAUUGUCAACAUAGACACUCCUGACAAGCAUUUUAUUUUGGGGUUGCUGGUGAACAGCUGAAUUAUAUAUUCUCUCUGUCUUUCUCUGACAUAUUUCAUAUAAUCUGGAUUUUUUUAUAUAUAUACUUUUCUCAAGAGAUUGAUAUUUUUUUAGACCAAGUACCCAAAAUACCCAAUAUGAACAGAGCUAAUUUUCCAGACUUAUUAUUGCUACUUCCAAAGGGCCAAAGUAGACACAUUCGCACCGUUUUUGAUAUUUUUAAUACCAAUGAAAAUAAUCCUGAGCAUACCUGUUAAACAAAUCCCAAUAAAUAUCCUGAAUACUAAUAAAAAUAUAAGUUAUUAUAUUAUUGCUAAUGUAGUGAUGUAUUGUUGAUGUAAUGUAGUGUUUUACAUCAAUUGAUUAAUUUUGUUUUAAUACACUGACUUCAUUUAUAUAAUUAUGCAAUGUUGAUUACAAUAAUUUUUCAUGAUAUCAACUUGAUUAGUGGUACACUGUCUGUCUGUUAUUAAUGUGGGAUUCAUUUAUUCUUAAAUUAGAUAAUAGUGUAAACAUGGUUACAGUUAUAGCACAUUUACUUUUAUUUUAAAAUUUUAUUAUUAUUAUUAUUAAUAUUAUUAUUUUACAGCUGUUUGUACUGUCAGUAUGGACUGUCUAUAAAUAUGCUGUCUGCUGUUUCAUUUAGGGUUUCAUGGAAAUAAUGGUACAGCCACUCAUGUACAUGGUUUUGUUUCUGACGUUUCUAUAAAUAUCUGCUAAUCAAUAAACUUGUCCUAAAAGGG